AUGGGAGGAAUGGAAGCAGAGGUCUGCAGGCUGGGGAUAAAAGGACAGGAGCAGCCUCCCCGACAGCCUCUGCCAAGGUCCGGCUUUCUGAGGCUGUGGGAGUUUCCAGGGACUCUAGCCCCCAUACCAGCCUUAUUGUUUUUCAUCCAUACCCACUUUGUAUCUUGGGGUUAUGCAGCUUCCCAGGGUUUUGUCUCUGCCAUUGAGGAGAUCAACAGAGAUGUCCGCCUGCUCCCCACCCUCACCCUGGGCUUCUCCAUCUGGGACUCUAGGGACUCUGUUGCUGGAGCUCUCCUAGGAACCAUGGACUUCCUGACCAGGCAGGGGAAGCUGGUCCCCAAUUAUAGCUGCACAGCCCAUCCACCGCUGGCUGCCCUCAUUGGAGAACUUCGCUCUGCUCUGUCUAUGCCUAUAGCUAGAUGGUUGGGACUUUACAAAUUCCCUCAGAUUAGCUAUGCAUACAGCAUAAUCAGCUUGAGUGACAAGACCAACUUUCCUUCAUUCCUAAGGACAAUUUCCAAUGACCUUUCCUGGGACCAUGGUAUUACCAUCUUACUGAAACACUUUGGAUGGAUUUGGGUAGGAAUUGUUUCUCAUGAUGAUAAUUUUGGGCAUCAAGGGACUUCCCUGAUGAAUGCUGAGCUGAAGAAGAACCAACAAGCAGCAUGUCUCCACCUCACAAGGGUCAUGAUCCCUGAAGCCACAGCAGACCCCAGGCAACUGUUCUUCCGCAUGUUUCUGCUGGUGCUUUCCCGAUCAUCUGCUACUGCUUUCUCUUCCAUGAUCCCUGGUUCUAUCCCAACAGACAUGCAGCGGUGUGCAAAGUGCCCAGAGGACCAAUAUCCAAACACACAUAGAGAUGACUGCCUCCCCAAAGUCCUGACUUUCCUGGCCCAUGAAGAACCUCUGGGGAUGAUUCUAUCUUGUAUGGCCUUUGCCUUCUCUCUCCUCACAGUCAUAGUUCUCAUUAUCUUUGUGAAACACCGAGGCACUCCCAUAGUCAGAUCCAACAACAGGGCUCUCAGCUAUACUCUGCUUCUUGCCCUCACCUGUUUCCUCUGCUCAUUGCUUUUCAUUGGUUGCCCAACUACAGCCAGCUGCCUCCUCCGACAGACGAUUUUUGGAAUCACCUUCACUGUGGCCAUCUCUUCCGUCUUGGCCAAAACCAUCGUUGUGAUUCUGGCCUUUAAGGCUACAAGGCCAGGAAGCUGGCUCAGGAGCCGGGCAGGUACCCGGGUGUCCAACGCUAUUGUCCUCAUCUCCUCCUUCAUCCAAGUUAAUCUCUGUGGGGUCUGGAUAGCCACUUCUCCCCCUUUUCUAGACAUGGUCACUGACUUUGAGCCUGGCCACAUCCUCAUUGUUUGUAACGAGGGCUCCAUUACCAACUUUUACUGUGUCCUGGGCUACAUGGGAUUCCUGGCCCUAGGGAGCUUCACUGUGGCUUUCUUGGCUAGGAGCUUGCCUGACACCUUCAAUGAAGCCAAGUUCAUCACUUUCAGCAUGUUGGUGCUCUGUAGUGUCUGGGACUCCUUCCUCCCAGCCCACCAAAGCACCAAGGGGAAGACCAUGGUGGCUGUGGAGGUCUUUGCCAUCUUGGCCUCUGGCGCUGGGUUGCUGGUCUGCAUCUUCAUCCCCAAGUGCUAUGUGAUGUUCUGGAGGUCACAUCAGAACACCGAGGAGUGGGUGAAGGGCCACGCUCAUUCCAGGGGGGCAGUUUCACCCUAA